CUUCCUCCGCGCGCGCACACUCGCCGCCCCCACCCCUGGUCUGGCUGGGAACUUGAACCGGUCCAGCCUGUUUAAACGGAAAGGACAGAGAUCCUGUCUGUUCAAUGUAAAAAAGAAAAAAAGAAGAAGAAGAAGAAGAAGCAGAAGAAGAAAAAGAAGAAAGAAAAGAAUCAGAUCAGACCGAGAAAAGGAGAAAGAGAGAACGAGAAGAGAGAGGGAGGGAGAGAGAGAGAGGGAGGGGAGAGGAGAGAGAGCGCGAGCGAGAGAAGAGAGGAGAAAGAGAGAGAGAGGGAGAGAGAGAGAGAGAGUGAGAGAGAGAGAGAGAGAGCAGAGAACGAGAGGAGAGCGAGGUGUAGAGAAACCGAGGGGGAGAGAACCCGAGUGUGUGUACGCGUGUGCGUGUGUGAGCGCGAGCGAGCGAGUGAGGGAGAGGAGCGAGAGAGUGCGAGCGAGAAAGAAUAAAAGGAAAGAAGAUUUUCUCUAUGUAUAUAAAGAUGGCCACGUUAGCAAACGGACAGGCUGACAACGCGAGCCUCAGUACCAACGGGCUCGGCAGCAGCCCGGGCAGCGCCGGGCACAUGAACGGAUUAAGCCACAGCCCGGGGAACCCGUCGACCAUUCCCAUGAAGGACCACGAUGCCAUCAAGCUGUUCAUUGGGCAGAUCCCCCGAAACCUGGAUGAGAAGGACCUCAAGCCCCUCUUCGAGGAGUUCGGCAAGAUCUACGAGCUUACGGUUCUGAAGGACAGGUUCACAGGCAUGCACAAAGGCUGCGCUUUCCUCACCUACUGCGAGCGUGAGUCAGCGCUGAAGGCCCAGAGCGCGCUGCACGAGCAGAAGACUCUGCCCGGGAUGAACCGGCCAAUCCAGGUGAAGCCCGCGGACAGCGAGAGCCGAGGAGGUAGUAGCUGCCUGCGCCAGCCCCCUUCACAAGAUAGAAAACUCUUCGUGGGCAUGCUCAAUAAGCAGCAGUCAGAGGACGACGUACGCCGCCUUUUCGAGGCCUUCGGGAACAUAGAGGAAUGCACCAUCCUGCGCGGGCCAGACGGCAACAGCAAGGGGUGCGCCUUUGUGAAGUACUCCUCCCACGCGGAGGCACAAGCCGCCAUCAACGCUCUGCAUGGCAGCCAGACCAUGCCAGGAGCCUCGUCCAGUCUGGUGGUCAAGUUCGCAGACACUGACAAGGAGCGCACGAUGCGGCGGAUGCAGCAGAUGGCUGGCCAGAUGGGCAUGUUCAACCCCAUGGCCAUCCCCUUCGGGGCCUACGGCGCCUACGCUCAGGCACUGAUGCAGCAGCAAGCGGCUCUCAUGGCAUCAGUCGCACAGGGUGGCUACCUGAACCCCAUGGCUGCCUUCGCUGCCGCCCAGAUGCAGCAGAUGGCGGCCCUCAACAUGAAUGGCCUGGCGGCCGCACCUAUGACCCCAACCUCAGGUGGCAGCACCCCUCCGGGCAUCACUGCACCAGCCGUGCCUAGCAUCCCGUCCCCCAUUGGGGUGAAUGGUUUCACUGGCCUCCCCCCACAGGCCAACGGGCAACCUGCCGCGGAAGCUGUGUUUGCCAAUGGCAUCCACCCCUACCCAGCAGCACAGAGCCCCACCGCCGCGGACCCCCUGCAGCAGGCCUACGCGGGAGUGCAGCAGUAUGCAGGUCCAGCCGCCUACCCUGCUGCCUAUGGUCAGAUAAGCCAGGCUUUUCCUCAGCCACCGCCAAUGAUUCCCCAGCAACAGAGAGAAGGGCCCGAGGGCUGUAACCUGUUCAUCUACCAUCUGCCCCAGGAGUUUGGGGACGCUGAGCUGAUGCAGAUGUUCCUCCCUUUCGGCCGGCACCCCGUGCCCUCCCGCUGCCAGGCCCCCUCCUGUCAGGGAGGACAGUGUCCAAUAAACUCCUCCACCCGCAGGCUUCGUGAGCUUCGACAACCCGGCCAGCGCGCAGACCGCCAUUCAGGCCAUGAACGGCUUCCAGAUCGGCAUGAAGAGGCUCAAGGUGCAGCUGAAGCGGCCCAAAGACGCCAAUCGCCCGUACUGAGCGCCGGCGGGAGCGUCCCCCGGGGGAGACCAGGACUCGCACAGGGCCAGUCAAAUCCACCACAGUCUCGCGCUGAGCUAGGAAUAAAGUUCACGUAAUCACAUGAGAGUGGAGAAAAGUCCCCCAUCCGGCAGGAUGCUGAACGGGCUACAUUAAAAAACAAACCUCUCUCUCUCUCUAUUUAUAAAUGAGAACUGUUGGAUGACACCUUUGACAUAUCAGCCAAUAUCAAUCAAGCUGAAGACUCCAGACACUCUGAGACUGUAACAUUUCUUCAAGGAAAGUAUAACGUCUAUGGAGUUCAGAGGGAACGUGUUUGGGGGAAAAAUAUACAUGACAUAAAGAAGACGACAAUGAAGAAAAAUGAGGAAAAACAUAUACACAUUAAAAAAAAAAGGCAACUUUAAAACAAAAUAACAUGAGACCAGACGGGGAGGCUGAAGGGCUGGGCACUGGGAGAAGACGCUGCUGCUUACCGAUCCUGGGGCUUUUCCAGCCCAUGGGCGCCUGAGGCAGGCGGGGGCAAGCGUGUGGCGGUGGGGGCCUGGUCCCCAGGGGGCGGCUGGGAGGCUGCCACUGAGCAUCUCUAUCUGUCAUUCCUUUAGCUGUUUAGGGACCAAAGGACCAAACUUUUUAUUGCAGAUGUGUAGCUCUAUGUCAAAUAGAGGAGGAAUGGAGGACUACCUCCUUCCUGCCUCCUGGCUGUUCUUGAAACAGCUUAGAGCGAUUCUAUGAAAAACAUAAUAAAAAAUUCAAAAAAAAAAUACAAAAAAUACAAAAAAUGAAAAAAAAUGCUUCAAUGCUUUUAAAACAGCAAGAUAAUAGUUCUUUGAUACUUUGAGAGGCGCUUUGAUUACCCUCAUUGAAGUCUAUGAAACUUUCCUAUGGUUUUCUGUAUUAUAUGUCUGGAUGGAGCUGUUAAGAUGCACAGAUUGGUGGAUAUUUGGGGAAAGCAACAAAAGUAUGAAAACUUAUUAACCCUGAAGUGUGAGGAAAACAAGGAGGGGAACAAAGGAUCUUCCAAGACAAGGUAAUUGUUGUGAAAAAGUCUGUAAAUGCUUCUAACUCUUCCCCCUCUUAAAAAUCAUAAUAGUUGUACAGAAUUUUAAAAAGGAAAAGUUUAAAAUACCUAUAUAAUAGAAGAAAAAAAAUUAGAGGAAAGCAAAAAAUAAAAAAAAUUAAAAAAGGAAAAAAAAAAAACUAUAGAAGUUAGCGUUACUGCUAAAAUCCCAGAUGUUGUAGGACUGUACUUUUUGUAGAGUUUAGACUGAGCAUCAAUCCCUUCUCCCCGCGAGUGCUGUCGGACGCCGUUGUCCCCGAGGGCCAGGCCGGACUCUCCCAGACCUGCGGGCUCCCGGCCGCCCGUCGCGGUGGAGGCCGUGCACCCAGCCGGGAAGGGCCCCUCGCCCGCCGCCGCCGCCGCCGCCGCCGCCGCCGCCGCCCGCGCCUCUCGCUUCGCUCUGGGAGCUGCGCGCUCGCUCUCCGCAAGCCCUGGACACCUCCCGCUUCACUCGCCUUCCCUGCUUGAUCCAGAGACUUUCCGGGCAAGGGAGAACUGGGAACUUUCAUCUUAAAACAACUAGGCAACACACACACACACACAAAAACCUUAAAAAAGAGAGAGAAAAAUAAACAAUCUUUGAAGAAUUUCUGAAACUGUUUACAAGGAAUUUUGAAAAACAGGGAUGUUUAAAUGAUGCCGGCUCUGUUUUUCUGUAAAUAAAUUUGCAUAUUUUGUAGGACUUUUAAUUGUAAUGAUAGAGAAAAAACAAGGAAAACUAUUUAAUGAAAGCACGAUAUUUAUCUUUGGUAAAUGACUUUAGAGCAGUUAAAGACAUUGCUUAAAAACUCAGAAUCAGAAAAUACACUGAAUUAUUUAAGAACACAUAUAUUUUAAAGUAUAUCAUAUUUAUUAUAAUUUAUUUGCACCUUUGGGAAGACUUGCGUUGGCAUUCUGCCUCCAUAAUUCCUUACUGAUGGCCAGUUCAUCCGGAGACCAGGGGGGCACUGGGACCUAUCACUUUUUUUUUUUUUUCCUUUAGAAGAACAAAUUUCUGGUUCCUGUCAGGCCUCUUGUCUUUCCUUUCCUUUCUAUUUUGUUUGUUAUUUUUUUUCAUGUUUUUAAUUUUCUUUUUCUUUCUCUUGACUCCUCCUUUUAGGAUGUCCAGAUGUUGUAAAAAACAAAACAAAACAAAACAGCUGCAGUUCGGUACAACUGCUCUUUUCACACUCAACUCCCUAAAACUCCUUGUAACCUUCUGUAACUAUUGGAUGACGCUUUCUCCAGCUUAGCCCUAAAUAAAGCACAGUUUAAAAAAAAAAAAA